AUGGCGGUCGGCAAGAACAAGCGCCUUACAAAAGGUGGCAAAAAAGGAGCCAAGAAGAAAGUGGUUGAUCCAUUUUCUAAGAAAGAUUGGUAUGAUGUAAAGGCAACAGCUAUGUUCAAUGUAAGAAAUAUUGGGAAAACACUAGUCACAAGGACUCAAGGAACCAAAAUUGCAUCUGAUGGACUCAAGGGUCGUGUUUUUGAAGUGAGUCUUGCUGAUCUGCAGAACGAUGGAGUUGCAUUUAGAAAAUUCAAGCUAAUUACUGAGGAUGUUCAGGGCAAAAACUGCUUGACCAACUUCCAUGGCAUGGAUCUUUCCCGUGACAAAAUGUGCUCCAUGGUCAAAAAAUGGCAGACCGUGAUUGAAGCUCAUGUUGAUGUCAAGACUACAGAUGGUUAUUUACUUCGCCUGUUCUGUGUUGGUUUUACUAAAAAACGCAACAACCAGAUUCGGAAGCCAUCUUAUGCUCAGAAAGUAAAAAUGCUGAAGAAGCCUAAGUUUGAGCUGGGAAAACUCAUGGAGCUUCAUGGUGAAGGCAGUAGUUCUGGAAAAGCUACUGGAGAUGAGACAGGUGCUAAAGUUGAACGAGCUGAUGGCUAUGAACCACGGGUUCAAGAAUCUGUUUAA